UGGGUGAAAACGAGAGGUCCGGAAACGUAAUUCAGGAUUCCAUGAAGCAACCCACCUCAACGGCGGCUCUUCUCAGUCUUCUUCUUCUUCCACCUCCCUCUCUCUCUCUCUCUCUCUCUCUACUCAGUCGACUUCUCUCUCCUCCUCCUCCUCCUCACACCCACCUCACUCAUCUAACUAAACUCUGACAUGAAGCACCACCUUCAAAAAGUCGUCGUCGCGGCUGCGAUCUUCAUCGGCGCCCACCUCUUCUUCGUCUUCCUCGUCUUCGCCUGCUGCCGGCGCAGGUGGAACCGUGGCCGCUCCAAACCGGAGGAGCUCUCGUCCAUCGCCAUCCACGAGAGCGCCUCCUUCGACCCCAAGCUCCGAAUCUCCAUGGAAGAGCUCCGGAACGCCACCGAGGACUUCCACCCCCUGCGGAUCAUCGGCGACGGUGGCUUCGGCCUCGUCUUCAAGGCCCGCCUCGCCAACGGCCUCACCGUUGCCAUCAAGAAGCUCGAGCCUGACGCCUUCCAGGGGUUCCACGAGUUCCGGGCCGAGAUGGAAGCCUUAUGUAAGCUUCAGCACCCGAACAUCGUCAAAAUCCUCGGGUACUGUAUGUCGAAUUCGGAUAGGGUUUUGGUCUAUGAGUUCAUGGAGAGAGGGAGCCUCGACCAGUGGCUGUACGACACGAAGUCGUCAUCGGAGAACAGCGAAGUCUCGUGGUCGAAACCCUCAGUCGAGAGGUUGCCCUUGUCCUGGGACACUAGGAUGAAGAUAAUCAAGGGUGUGGCCAGUGGAUUAACGUUUAUGCACGGAUUGCCGACGCCGAUCAUACACAGAGACAUCAAGGCAAGCGACGUGCUGUUGGACGCCGAUUUCGAGGUGCACAUCGCGGAUUUCGGGCUGGCGAGGAAGAUUGAGGCCUCGCAAUCCCACGUUACCACGCAACCCGCCGGGACGAUGGGGUAUAUGCCGCCAGAGUAUAAGGACGGAUACAGAAGGGUGACCGUGAAGGCUGAUGUGUAUAGCUUCGGGGUUCUGAUGUUCGAGAUUGCGACAGGUCUGAGGCCCUAUUUACCGGUGGUGGACAGGGGAGAGGAGGUCGAGCUCACUGUUUGGGCUCGGAACAUGGUGGGUGAGAACCGGCAGAUGGAGAUGGUCGAUCUCGCUGUUUCAAGGGACGGCCUGGUCGAAGCUAGGGUGAAGGAGUGCUUCAGCAUUGCGUGUAUGUGCACUAGGGAGCGUGCAAAGGACAGGCCGGGUAUGAGCCGAGUUCUCGAGUUGUUGAAUCGGCAUUCGGAUGAAAACGGUGUAAUUGAUCGAAAUAUGGUUUCUUUGCCAAAGUAAAAUUACCCAGAAAGAGAAGGAAUCAAGGUUAAGCUUGUGAGUCAAUAAUAGUCUAGUUGCGGUGUCUAGUAGAGGGUACUCUGUUUGUUUCCUUAAUGGGAAAAUGUGAAUAGCUUUAUAGAGUUGAUUGAGGUCUGAAGCAGGUAAAUGACCUGCAGUUGCAGCUUCUGUAAUUGUUAAUAGAUACUAACAUCGGCAAUAUGAAGUUGUCUCUAAAUAGAUUUCUUGGCUAUUUCAAGACCGUGUAGAUAGCAGUUAAUUGCUGUGGUGAAUCCGGAUUUGCUGGAAUGACCGUCUCCUAUUUGAGAAUGAUUGAAACAGAGAGUCUAGUUUCUU